GAAAAUAUUUAUUGUUGCUCAAACCCAUAUAAUACACGAGACGUUUUCCCUUGAUCCUUUCUUCAUCCAUCUGCAACAAUCAUCUUCUACGAAGCUAGGGAUAUAAAGAAUUGAAGUAGCAUGGAAGAAACUGGUCAACACAAGCUGCUUAAAUGGAGAGAAUCUGCGAAAGCAACACUAUGUCGUUUUCAAGCACACUCUGAACCAGUUGCCAUCUCCAGUCUUCCAGAAGAACUUCGAGAACAGAACAAGAACACUUACACACCAAAGGCCAUCAACAUUGGUCCACGGUUCACGGGAACAAGACGGAACCUGUUGAAAUUGGAGGAGACCAAAUGGCACUACAUGCAAUCUCUUCUUCAUCGAGGACCCAAGGGACCCGAAAGAAACCUAGAGGAAUGCACGCAAGUCGUUAUAGAACUAGAGAGUGAAGUUUGCGCAAGCUAUGGCGAAGGUGAUCUCAAAUUGGAAUGGAACGACCUCGCUAAUAUCAUGUUAUCCGAUGCUUGUUUCUUGCUGGAGCUUCUCAUAAGCGAAUCAGAUUACUUGAAUGUUCGCGUGCCUCUAUUCCCAAGACCUCAAAUAAAAAAAGAGAUGCUGACUGAUAUGUUGGUUUUGGAGAACCAAAUACCGCUCGUCAUUCUCCAUAAGUUGUCGGAAAAACUCUUCAAUGAAGCAUAUCUUGUCCCGAUUGAAUCGCUGGCAUUGAAUCUCUUUGGCUACUUUCCGAAUAGGAGCUUUAAGUACUUCACCCCCAACAUUGCCUCUCAUAAUUUUCUUGAACUUGUCCACUCCUACAUUUCCGACGACAGCUAUGAUCAGGAGAGAGUUCUAGAACAAGAAGCUCAUGAGGGAAAUCACCAAAUAUCCAUUACUAUCAACACUAGCACUAAACUUCUGCAGGUAGCGAAUCAAUAUGCAAACUGUGGUUCCUCCUCUGGCAUCAAUAAUGGAUGUGUUAAAUGUGUUUCUUCUGCCUUCAAAGGAUGUGGAAAUUGUUGUGCUUCCCCUCUCAAGCUCAAACAAUGUUUUGGUUGUGGUUCUGCCUUUAAAGGCAACGGAUGUGGUGCUUGUUCUGGUGCUUCAGAAUUUGUCCAUGUAUGUGGAUGUACAUGUAAUGAUUGCUCCUUCCCUGAUGCCACUAACAAUGUGGACUUUGAUAAUAAUAUGAACAGGAUUAAGGCAAAGAAUAUUCAACCUCUUAACUUCCAUGCCGAAUUUAAUCGUUGUGCUCCUAUCCUUGAAGCUGCUGGGGUAAAAAUCCAAAUGUCAAGCCCAGAGAAGAAGCUGGGAGAUCCUUGUCAACCUGUAAUACCAGGCGUUAAGUUUGACAUAAAAUUCAGCAAGGGAACAUUAGAAAUUCCACAGCUUCACAUCACAAGCUCUACCCAAGUGAUGUGGCAGAAUCUCAUUGCUUGGGAACAAUGCCACACUGGUUUGAGUUGCAAACACAAGUGCACAUGGGCUGCAUUCUUUUUCAACGGUUUAAUCUGCUGUGGAAAUGAUGUACAACUUCUAAAAGAUAGAAAAGUGAUCGUGGAUCAUUUGAACAUGAGCAAUCAAAAACUGAUGGAAUUCUUCAGAUCGUUGAUAAGUGGAGUUGACCGUGACAAAACCAAUGAUUCCCCAUACUGGGAAAUGAUCAGUGAGUUGAACUCCUAUUAUGGAAAAUGUUGCCUUAAAAUCAAACGAUAUUCCAUAAUGUUGCGGCAUUCGUGGAUUCCGAUGAUCGCCCGCCAAUUCGACCGGGUUGUGUUGCGCGGUUACAACCUCCUCGUCGGAAUGAUAUCUGUCUAUGCUCUUAUGCAGACCAUUUAUACAAUGCUCGGUUAUUAUCAUUCCAAAUAAUCAUAUCCGUCGAUGCAGCCGCCGAUGUCUUCCAUGAAGAAUCACUGAAUCAAUAUACCAUGGCAACCUUCUGCCAACCACUUGUGUGUUAAAAGAAAAUCUGGGAACAGCAGAAGACUAGAUAAGGUAUUAAUUUGAGUGAAAAUUCAUAUGCAGUUAUUAUUCUAUAA